AUGGACAGCAGCUUCGGCCGCCGGAGCAGCAGCCAUGGCGGCGUGGACGGCGAGUGGCGGCGGUGGGCGGUGCUGGUGGCGACGGUGUGGGUGCAGGCGCUGACGGGGACCAACUUCGACUUCUCGGCCUACUCGUCGGCGCUCAAGGCGUCUAUGGGCGUCUCCCAGCAGUCGCUCAACUACCUGGCCACCGCCUCCGACCUCGGCAAGGCCUUCGGCUGGUCCUCGGGGCUGGCGCUGCUCUACAUGCCGCUCCCGGCGGUGCUGCUCCUGUCCGCCGCGCUCGGCCUCGCCUCCUACGCCCUCCAGUACGGCAUCCUCCUCCCCUCCUCCACGCUCGCCGCCACCCUCCCCUACCCCGCGGUGUUCUUGAUCUGCCUGGCAGCAGGGUGCAGCAUCUGCUGGUUCAACACGGUCUGCUUCGUGGUCUGCAUACGCAGCUUCUCUGCAGCCAACCGCCCCCUGGCCCUCUCCCUCUCCAUAAGCUUCAACGGGCUCAGCGCCGCAUUCUACACCCUCUUCGCCAACGCUCUCUCCCCUUACUCACCAUCCGUCUACCUCCUCCUCAAUGCCACCCUCCCCCUCGCCGCCUCCAUCAUUGCGCUCCCAGCGAUCCUCCUCUGCCACCCACAUGAUCACAGCAGCCUCCACACUUUGCCAAAGCAUGACAGGCGUGUCUUCCUCUGCUUCUACACCAUCGCAUUUGUCACCGGCAUAUAUUUAGUGACCUUCGGUUCUGUCACCACAACCAGCUCUGCUGCAAGGGCCGUCCUCAUGGGCGCCAUGGCCCUCCUCACACUUCCUCUCAUCAUCCCUGCCGCCUCGAGCUGUUCUAGCGUGGGCACACAUGAUCCUGACACUGAAUUGACACUCAACCACAACGAUCCACAGAAGCCGCUCCUUCUCAACCAUGAUGACCACACGGAGACCAACGGCAGCAUGGCACAUAAAACAGUGGAAUGGCAGCCCAAGGGCUGUUGCUGUGGGACGAUACUGGACAAGGGCUGUGUGUUGGUUCUUGGUGAGGAGCAUAGUGCAAAGAAGCUCAUCCGAUGUGUCGAUUUUUGGCUCUACUACACAGCGUACUUCUGUGGUGCCACUGUUGGGCUGGUGUACAGCAACAACUUGGGGCAGAUUGCGCAAUCGUUGCAAUGUCAACCACAGCUCACCAUGCUUCUUGCAGUUUACUCCUCUUGCUCCUUCUUCGGCCGCCUUCUCUCUGCACUCCCUGACUUCCUUCACAGGGCCGCCGCGGCGCUCACCCUGGCCCCGCAUCGAAGGGUCCACCAUGUCCACAUGCCUUCCGGCCGCCCCUGCCCCUGCCGCACUUCUGCCGCUCCUCGGCGGCGCGCUCCGCGAUGCCGCGCGAAGCCGACAGUCAAGGGCGUGGUCGACGACGACGAGGACGCUUCCCGGGAAUCGGAGCCUGAAAGGAAUGAGGAGGAAGCUAUGACUGCGACGGGCACGCUGCCGGGAUGGCUCACGCUUGACACGGUUGGGAUGGAUAUCCUGAGCAUCGCCGCGCCCGCUGUGCUCGCGCUCGCCGCCGACCCCAUCGCUGCGCUCGUCGACACCGCCUUCGUCGGCCAUAUAGAUUGGGGUGUCCGUUUCAUCUACUGGAGGGUGUUGCUUGACCAUACAGACAAGCUGAUCCCAGCGUUUCAUCCCAAGAUGGUUAACACACCUCCUAAAUGGGAGAAGAAGAAGAAGCGGAGGAGGAGGAAGAUGCCUUGCCUGAACGUGUCGACGAACGUGAACCUGGAGGGGGUGGACACCUCCGCCGUCCUCGCCGACGCCUCCAGCACCGUCGCAACCAUCAUCGGCAAGCCGGAGAACGCGGCUGGAGGCCAGCUCGCGAAGGCAGAAACUUCAAGCCGACAUGUCCAUGAGCAACUCACCGCUCCAAGCCAGCUCACCGAGGAGUGGCGUGUUGCUCUAGGCCGACAAGCGGUGGACCACGACGACACAACCUCCUGUGCUGCUGCUACUCGCGCCAUCCGCCGUCAACGUGUCCGUGACUACGCCCUGCUGGGAGAGGUCGGCGACGACGCGGCGUCCAGCACGUCAGCGCCCACCGAGGUCAUCGAAAAGAAGUAG